GUCAAGUGGGAUUGCCUUGUCUUCGCCGGUGGUUCUUGAUUGCGUUGCGGGCCAGUCUGUUAUGGAUGCUUUUCUCGUGACAUCUUGACAAUAUAGCAGCGGUUUGCGCAAAGUCUACCAUCGUUUUGAUUUAUCCGUGUUGAUGCCAUUCAAGACAUGACGCCUACAUGAUUAUUUGUCUUAGGCUGCUUGUUCCAUUAUCGCAUGCGUGAUACCCAAUUUUCUUCUUUCUGGCUACUUUCUUAUUUUUGCUAUCUCAGGUGGAUAUACUACAUUUGGUUCCUUGUUGCAUAUUGAAUAGCUAGCCACCAUGGCGACCCCAUCUUCGAAACAGAAUCCAGGAGCCACUCCCACGCAUCUGACCUCGUCCCCUCGUCCACACAUGGCCCGACCGAUAGCGCACAAAUCGCCGUCUACGAGAACCCCCUCGGCUUCUGGACCGGGUCACAACCAGCCUCCCGUCUCGACGCACCAGUACGCUACUCCUCUUGCUGUGACCGCCGGAGCCGAAGACCCCGUUACGUUCAGCUCCCCAUCGGCUCUCCUCGCCCUCGGCGGGUAUAGCGGGAUCAGCCCGUCCCCUGCCGGUCACGAUGGCCUGGUCGGCGCAGGCAUGAACGACAAUGAUAUCCAGGCGCUGGGCAUGCAGGGAUUGAAGCUCGGGGGUGCUCGGGACAGUGAUGAGGAGCGCAGACGACACAUUGAAGACGUGGUUCAGCUCUUCCGAUCUCGGGUCUCUGGCCGGGGUGUGUGCAGAGAGGGCAUUGAGCGGUUGGGUGAUUUGGAAGGCUUCGAGUCGAUUUGGCAGGAGGAUAGUCUCAGCAUUGCUGGGAACUUUGUCGACUUGGAGAUUGACUUCCAUCGAGGGUAUAAUGUAGUCAAGGGUGUCAGUCUGAAGUAUGCGACGCCCGAUUCUGCGGACGAGGAACGGCGGGAGGCUACGGCGGUUCUCAAGCGUCAUUUGAUACAGUCACCUGAGGAGGGGGACCGUGGUUCUUGGAAGCCUUUGAGCGGAUUUCAUGAGGAUCUACAAUGGCUGGCGAAACAUGAUAAACUCAGUCAGGAGGUUAAUUGUUUUGAGGCCAUUGAAGGGCUUUACGAGAGCCUGAAGCGCGUAUGGGAUUCCGAGUGGAAUCAUCGCACGUUUGCCGGUGUCUACGAUCAUCUUUGCAGUGGCUGGGUGGGGAGGCCGGGUCUGCAUAGGGGAGGCCAUAUGGGUCUUGGUUUGGACUACUGGGUGCAGCAAGCACGCGUGUUGGAUGCGAAACAGAAGAGGAUGGCGGCGGAAGAAAUGGAGAUCGACCAGCCAAAUGGACAGUCAGACGAUGAGUCGGGCUUGGAUGGAAAGUGGAGUGUUGUGGUUGAGUGUGAAGAGGGUUAUCCUUCCCUCCGCGUGUCGAAGGAGUGGGUUGGGUCGGAGGUGCUGACGGUGGUUAACCACGACAAUGGACCAUCGUCGAGUGAGCCAGGGUCUGGUGCUGCAGUUGUCAACUGGGUCGACCCGCCGGCGACGUUAACUUCCAAUCAAGACCACUCGGACGCUAUGGCGCUUGAAUCGGGCAUGCUGGGCUCCUCUACUCCUAAUCGUCGGUUUGUUGCCAAGUUGGAGCCGCCCUUGGAUUUACCAAUCCUGGCCGCGUCAGAUAUCUACCGACACCUGGGAAUGCAACUGCCGCAAGAGUUUAAGAUGGUCACCUACGAUGGACUCCUAGCCCCGGGCUGGUCUCCUCUGUCCGCGGCCGGAGCCAUGGGGUUGGGUCCUGAGGAUGCGUCUCAGCUUGGUCGGAGAAGCCGGCGGAUGUCUGUGCAGACAAUUGACAGCGAGGGUAAAUCGUGUACAAAACACCACAGCUAUACUUUCCAGCCGUUUGAGUCUGUUGCUGGCCGAACCAUGAGAGAUUUCCCAUUCUCGCAUCCGAGGCAACUUGCCGAUAUUCUUCCGAUCCUGCGCCAGUAUGCGUUUCUAGCAAACUUGAUUCGCAGCAUCUUUAGUUCUUCAUAUAAACCCGACGAGGACAAAAUCGACGACCAGGCUAAUUCUUUGACAAUCCUGUCUUUUUCCAGAGGAAAGUCAAAGAAGGAGGAUGUCAUUAUUCUGAGCAACGAGGACCCGAACAAAAAGAGGCUUGAUGAACUAUUGGGAGGAUUCAACAAAACAGCUGCUUUCCCGGGUGCUAAGGGUAAAGGUCCCGCGACUACUGGGGACGGACACUCGGAUGUCAAUUCUGCUAUUGACGAUGUCAAAGUAGAAGUUACGUUGCGGACGCAGCUAGGACAAGCGCCGGUGAUUAUGCUACUUUUUGCUUUGAAUAAUCCAGACGGAUCAUCUCAACCGGUCAACCUGGAGGCUGCAUUGAGCAAGGUCUCUAUUAGUCUGGAAGUCGGGCUGAAUGGGCGGGUCGCAGUGGUGGAUAUGACGGGUCUGCUGGAUGACGAUGACACUGCCGCGGACAGCAUGAACGAGCAAUACCAGAAUGAAGCUCUCGAGCUGCAGGCCAAAAUUGCCAAAGUGCUGGAGAUGUCGCAGGACAUUGGAAUCUUGCUCAUGAAGUACAUGUCCCUCGACCAGCGAGGAACGGUUCAGGCUGAGUACGUCUGGAUCGAUGCUGUCGGUGGCUGCCGUAGCAAGACCAAGACUCUCUCCAAGGCCGUCAAGUCGGUCGAUGAACUCCCCGAGUGGAACUUCGACGGUUCCUCAACCGGCCAGGCCCCCGGUGACAACUCCGAUGUCUACCUCCGCCCUGUUGCUAUCUUCCCCGACCCCCUCCGCCUUGGCGACAACAUCCUCGUCCUCUGUGAGACCUGGGACUCCGAUGGAUCCCCCAACAAGUACAACCACCGCCACGAGGCUAACCGCCUGAUGGAGAUCCACGCCAAGGAGGACUGGUGGUUCGGUCUGGAGCAGGAAUACACUCUCCUCGGUACUGAUGGCUGGCCUUACGGAUGGCCCAAGGGUGGUUUCCCCGGUGCCCAGGGCCCCUACUACUGUGGUGUUGGUACCGGCAAGGUCUACUGCCGUGACAUCGUUGAGGCUCACUACCGUGCCUGCCUGUACGCUGGUAUUAAGAUCUCCGGUAUCAACGCUGAGGUCAUGCCUUCCCAGUGGGAGUACCAGGUCGGCCCCUGCAACGGCAUUGAGAUGGGUGACCACCUUUGGAUGUCCCGUUUCCUCCUCCACCGUGUCGCUGAAGAGUUCGGUGUCAGAAUCUCCUUCGACCCUAAGCCCAUCAAGGGUGACUGGAACGGAGCCGGUCUUCACUCCAACGUCUCUACCGCUGCCAUGCGUGCUGAGGGUGGUAUGAAGGUCAUCGAGUCCGCCAUGAAGAAGCUCGAGGCCCGCCACGUUGAGCACAUCGCCGUUUACGGUGAGGGUAACGAGGAGCGUCUCACUGGCCGUCACGAGACCGGUAGCAUUGACAAGUUCAGCUACGGUGUUGCUGACCGUGGUGGCUCCAUCCGUAUCCCUCGCCAGGUCGCCAAGGAUGGCAAGGGUUACUUCGAGGACCGCCGUCCCGCUAGCAACGCCUGCCCCUACCAGAUCACCGGUAUCAUUGUUGAGACUCUUAUGGGUGGCAACUAAAUGCGUUACAUACCGUUUGAAAAUGUGAAUACAACUUCAUAUUAGCGCUCGUAUACCCUCCGGCGUCGAUAGGGAGAACAAUAGUGCGGCCUGGCACCAUUGGAGCAAACAUAGAAUUUUUCAUGGUAGUUCGGGAUGUCUUCUUCUCCUGCCAGAGCUUGCCUUGCGAUCCUUAUCCUCUGCUGGUCUUGCAUUUCGUUUCUUUCGUUAUUGGGUUAUGUGUUACGUACAGCAUAGAGGACUUCGGAGGACCGACAGUCUCUUGAAAAUGAAUUGGUGGAACGUGCUUCUCGCACUGGAAGGAUCGAGAUAGAUUAAUGGCCAUUUGCCAG